AUUUGAUAAAUACAAAAAGUUAACCUACAAUUAGGUCACAUAAUUUGUUUUGAAAGGUGUUGAAUAAGUAACGAUGGGUGAUAAUUCUCGCACGAAACUUUCCAAGUCCGUGCUGGACAUGAAGUUCAUGAAGAAGACGAAAGAUCGUGUGGAAAAAGAAGCAGAUGAUGCAGAGGGUAAUGCCAUGUACUCCUCCGAAAUCACGGAAGACAUGAAGAAAAGUGGAACCAUAUUUGUAAAUACCAGCAUAAUGAACUGCAGGAACUUGAUUGAGGGACGAUUAUCCUUUGGUGGCAUGAAUCCUGACAUAGAGAAGAUCAUGUCGGAUACUUAUGUGAAGCAAUUGGAGGAUGCAGAGAAGCAAAAUGAGAAGGACGUUUCUGACCAGGAGAUGGCUGAAGGAUAUUCCACUCUAAACAAGACCAUGGCCAAGAAGUUUCAGACCAAGAAAGCACGAUCAAAGAAGUUUAUGAAACCCAAGCCGAUGGACUGAAAGUUGCUACCUGGGAUUAAUAAAACCUUUCGUUAUUUUUAUAAUUGAGUUCAUUUUUAAUUUAAUUAAUUCUUCUAAUAAGGUGCACUUGUUAUAAGCAUGAGUCUUCCAUGUUUAUAAAUAACAAAUGUUCAUCAAAUUGCAUGCGAAUUAAGUUGCAUAAUGUGACAAUUUUCGAAUGAAACCCAAUUGUAUUCGUGUUAUUUAUAGAAGCAAUUUCAAAAAUGCAUUAUGUAUUAUCAGUAAAACGUGUGUGCUUAGCGAAUAUUGUAAACAAGAAAAUCUUCGAUUGUGUAUCUAUUUUUAUAUGCACUAAAGAUAAAUACAUGGAUUUUCCAAAUCUGUAAAUUGUGAUUAUACUAAAUAGUGAUUAUAUACAAAAUAUAAG